AUGGAUCCAGAGCAAAUGCGACGAUUCGUCUCACAGCUCCGAAAAGUCUCUGGAGGUGCUCCAAAUCCUGGAAGAGGUUUCUUUGCUGGAGGUGGACUUCUAAUUGUUCUUGCCGCUGGUGGGUUUGCCCUGAACGCAAGCUUGUUCAACGUCGACGGUGGUCAUCGUGCUAUCAAAUACACGCGAUUGAACGGCAUAACGAAUCAUGUUUAUGGAGAAGGAACUCAUCUUAUUGUGCCGUGGUUUGAAAAAGCAAUAACGUUCGACAUACGUGCUAAACCAAGGAAUAUAGCAAGCUUAACGGGAACCAAAGACCUACAAAUGGUUAACAUUACGUGUCGUGUAUUAUCUCGACCGUCCAUCCAGACCUUACCCACCUUGUACCGAGAACUCGGCCAAGAUUAUGACGAGAGAGUCCUCCCAUCAAUUGUCAAUGAAGUUUUGAAGAGCGUAGUUGCUCAGUUCAAUGCAAGUCAAUUGAUCACCCAACGUGAACAUGUAUCUCGACUCGUACGCGCAAAUCUGACUGAAAGAGCAUUGAAGUUCAACUUGGUUCUGGACGAUGUUUCCAUAACACAUGUCGCUUUCUCUCCAGAAUUCACUCACGCAGUUGAGGCAAAACAGGUUGCGCAACAAACUGCCCUUCGGGCUGCCUUCUUGGUCGACCAAGCAAUUCAAGAGAAACAGUCAAUCAUUGUCAGGGCUCAGGGUGAGGCUAAAAGUGCAGAGCUUAUUUCAGAGGCUAUGCGCCAGAAUAAGGGAUUCUUGGAACUUCGUCGACUGGAGGCAGCCCGUGAUAUCGCCAACGUACUGGCGACUUCUGGGAACCGUGUCAUGCUGGAUACCCAGAGUCUCUUAUUGAAUGUCACCGGCGAUGCACAAGAAAUUCUUAAGAGUGGCAGGAAGUAG